CCCCGUGGUGGCUUCCAGCCAGGCAGGCGACUCAGUUGGUCGGUGGCGGCUGAUGGGCUGAGUGGGGCGUACGCGCGUUCGUUCUUUUCCUCGGAGCGGUGGGUCGGUGGAGGGCCUGAGGCCUUGCGGUGCAGUUCUUGCUGGGAGUAGUCGGAUUUGCGUUCUCUCUGUGCCCGGACGUUUGAGCACAGAGUAAUAGAGCUCCUUCCCGGCCGCUUUGCCUGCGGAGACCUCGGCUUCGCUUAAGGGGCGUGUGAAUAUGAGCUGUGUGUGGGAUCCACCGCACCUCCUCCUGGAGGAAGUAUUCAGCCAGAGAGAAGAAAAACAAACUGAGCACCUAAGAUGUGAGAGAUCCACUCCUCUCUAAAGGACCAUAUUGUUUGCAACAUGGAUCGCAGUAAACGAAAUUCGAUAGCAGGAUUCCCUCCACGCUUGGAGCGGGUUGAAGACUUUGAUGGAGGUGGUGGAGGUGAUGGGACUGUUUCCCAGAUGGGCAGAGUUUGGACUUCUUCAUACAGGGCCUUGAUAAGUGCCUUCUCAAGACUUACACGACUUGAUGACUUCUCCUGUGAGAAAAUCGGAUCUGGUUUCUUCUCUGAAGUGUUCAAGGUUCGGCACAGAGUGUCUGAUCAGGUAAUGGCUUUAAAAAUGAACACACUAAGCAGCAACAGAGCGAACAUGUUGAAAGAAGUCCAGCUCAUGAACAGACUUUCACAUCCAAACAUAUUAAAGUUUAUGGGUGUCUGUGUACAUCAAGGACAACUGCAUGCACUUACUGAGUACAUCAAUUGUGGUAACCUGGAACAGUUGUUAGACAGUAACCAGCAUCUGCCCUGGACAGUGAGAGUGAAACUGGCACUGGACAUUGCUCUGGGAUUAAGUUACCUUCACUAUAAAGGCAUUUUUCAUCGGGAUCUGACAUCCAAGAAUUGUUUAAUAAAGCAUGAUGAGAAUGGAUAUUCUGCUGUAGUUGGUGACUUUGGGCUAGCAGAGAAAAUCCCUGACUAUAGUGAGAAGCUGCCUGUGGUGGGCUCUCCUUAUUGGAUGGCACCUGAAGUACUGAGAGAUGAGCCUUACAAUGAAAAGGCGGAUGUCUUCUCAUAUGGGAUCAUUCUUUGCGAGAUUAUAGCCAGGAUCCAGGCAGACCCAGACUAUCUCCCUCGCACAGAGAAUUUUGGCUUGGAUUAUGAUGCCUUCCAACACAUGGUGGGAGACUGUCCUCCAAACUUUCUCCAGUUGGCCUUCAACUGUUGUAAUAUGGACCCAACACUACGACCUUCAUUUGUGGACAUUGUAAAAACACUGGAGGAGAUGCUAAGCUGUUUGAAAAAUGAAGAGACUGAAAGAGAGAGGAAGCUUUUAAAUCUUGACAGUACAGAGAGAAAAACCAUCUCUGUUUCCAAAGGAUUUCUAGAGAGAGGACAAGGAGUUAAAAGGCUAAGUUCACUUGAUGACAAGAUUCCUCCCAAGUCACCACGUCCACGACGUAACAUUUGGCUAUCACGCAGUCAGUCAGACAUCUUCUCCCGUAAGCCUUGUCACAAGAUAAAUGUCCAGGAUCCCUACUACACACCAACUAAAGGGGGAAGCCGGAAAGUCAACCCAUUCAAUGCUAGGGAAGACCUGAAAGGAGGGAAAAUCAAAUUUUUUGACAUGCCAAGCAAAUCUGUAAUAUCACUUGUAUUUGACUUGCACUCCCAAGAGGCAGGAAGAUGCCUGAAGAUGAGCCAGCCUCAGCUGAGGCAGACCUUCAGCACUGAUUGGCAGGAACCCACUUACUUCCCUUGGAGACGUUGUAGAUCACUUCCUCUUUCUCCUGAACUUGUGCACAAAGAAUAUAGCACAUUUGGGGAUCUGUCUGCAACAGUUGGCAGGUGUGAUCCAAGCCAGCUAGGGGCUGAGGUGCGACAAAAGUUAUUGAGCAGCAGUAAAUAUGGAGUGUCCGAGAUCCCUCCUUUUCAGGCCAAAUCUCAUAGGCUGGAUUCUCCUCCUUCUGUGCAAGAAGAAGAAAUGGACUGUUCUGAUGGACUAGAACCCCAGGAUGAAAAUGGGUUCUAUCCUGUGAAAAAUACAGUUGAGGAGCCAGAAUUCAGAAAGUCCACAGGGCAAAUUCUACAAGACUCCCAGAAUGUGGAGGAUAUCUUGCUACAGAAUGUCAUCCGUUCAGAAGAUAAACCUUCAGAGGCAUUUAUGAGCUGUAUAACCUCUGAAGAUAUGGAGGUGGAAGAUGAAACACAAAGGAACAUGCUUUCAACUAGAUUGGAAUCUUCCAAACUGUACAGUGUUGUUAAUCCUUCCUCGCAGUUAAACCAAGAAGUAUCUCUGUUUGAGGUAAUAGAUAGUGACACAUCAAAUCAAGCUUCUUUGCCAUCAUCAAAUACACCAGCAGCAGUAAGUGAACAGUCAAAAUGUGACAUUUAAAAGUCUAACCGGAGUGACAUACUUCUCUCACUACCUUAGAAAGCUAAAACCAAUGUAAAAAUGUUCUAGCAAGUUGUAGCAACUAGUUCAGAGGUUGCAAAAAAUGUAUUUGGAGAGAGACUACUUAUGACAAAAUGAUCCCUCAGCUUACCUCAGGAGGCGAUUGUUGGAGGGAGAAGGAGUGAACCAUGUCUCUGGGAUGUCUGGAGCAAUGCAAGGGCAAUAAUUCCUGGGAAAGAUGAUGGGAUCCUUGGUCUGCCCGGGCUUAGAAGCCAUUCAUGUAUGUGUGUGAAUAUGGAUGCCUGUGUACUUUUGCUUCCAUUGAAGGAAUUCUUCUGAACUUGCCAGAACCUUUCUUCUGAUGUAUCUAACUUUCACUCUCUCCCUAGCACCUGCUGCGCAGCUAUAAAUCUUUUUUGAUUUGGAAUCUAACAGGCUUGAAGUUAGCAGUACCCUGGCUUAAAAUUGGUUUCUUGUUUCUCUGAUGUAAUGACAAAUUCAUAGCACUUCAAACCCUAAGUUCUCUUGUACCCAUAAAACAAGCUCAGUCUAUGCCACAAUAUCUAAGCUUUCUACCUCUUCCUUUAUGAUUUUAAAUGCUGGAAGUGAACAGUUCAGACUCUUACUUCAGGCAUUCUUUGCCCAGUUGGAAAAAGUGCUGGCUGCUCUCAACUGUGGCAGUUUCAUUGCAAAAAAACCAAAAUCCCACUAUAUUUUCCUGGCACCACUAGUCAGCGCCUUCUGUGAUGGAGAAGGAACGAGGCAUGUGACCAUUCACAUCUUUAACAAAGGAACAUCUUAAAGCUGGGAUUUUAAGAGAACAUCCCCUGGCUUACUGUGAGUGCAUCUUCAGUUAAUCUGUGAGCUAGUCACUUCAAGCACACAUGUUUACUUGAGCAUUGAAAAUACAGACCCUAGCCCCACUGCAGAGGUGUGUGCAUAUUAGUCUACAUUUAUAUUUUUGUAACUUUCAUAAGCACCUGGUAUUCUGAAGAAAUAAAGUUUGUCUCUGGCUGUACAAAUAAUGCAAUGCAAACAGUCCAUAUGAACUUUUAUUUUCUGAACAUUUAGUCUAUUGUUGGAGUUCAAGUCUUUACUCUGUUCCAUGGUUUUAACACAGCAGGCUAAUGAAAACUCCCCUGGGGGGAGAAAAUUAAGAGCAAGGAUGCCUCCUGAUGUUCAUAGAAAGUUAGGGUGAAAGCUUUCAAAGUAGCAAGCAGUAAUUUGGGGACUUUUGAAAGAACAUGCCAUAUUUAGGAACAGGUAGCAAUGUUCUGGCAAACAGCUUUGUGUUAUACAUUUGUCAAUCUCUGUGUCUACUUUGUCCUGGGCAGUUUCAGGAGCUCCUCUAGAAUUUGUCUCUGGAAUGAAGAAUGACAGUUAAUUUUUUUAAAUAGCCCCAUAAUAGUCUAGCUUUUCCAAUCUUUUGCCUCUUGUGGUGUACCAGAGAUGAUAAUUUAAAAAUACUAUCCGUUCGCAUCUUUUUGAUUUACAGAAUAAAAGUGUCAGGUUAGUAAAUAACUGAAUUGCCAAGUAGAUGCUUGAUGCACAUUUUGAAAUUUGUAUUACAUUGCCCAUUGAACAGAAGUUUAAUUUUGGAUUGGUUAAUGGAUUGUGAGAGGCCUGAGCAUUUAGGUCUGUUUCACAGGUUAUAGGAAGGAGCCCACACUUAAAUCAUUUGCCGCUCCUUAGCUCUGUAGCUUUACUUAUAUUCUCUGUGCUCUCACUGUUCUGCCAAGGUUAGAGCAAAUGAGACAUCAUUGGUUUGAACAAGUGUUCUAAUUAUGCUUCUGUAUGUUGGUGGAAGGCUUGAGUUCCUUAUCAUACAGAAGUAUGACAUCUUCCCAGUCCUCUGCGUAGUAAAAAGUAAUUGGCAUUCUGAUGGCCAGGUGAAAGCAUAUUCCUUGGUCAUGGAACAGUUAAAACUAACUGUAUAUUGCCCUCUUGGGAAACGUGCUAAGAACCCCUUGUCCUACGUUUUCUCUCCAGUAUUGCAAAGCAGCUGCUGGCCAUUAACUGUACUCCAUGCAGAAUGAAGCCAGCCCAUUGCACUGCUUUAUACAAUAGUCAGGAAUUUUUUUUGCUUUUAUCAUGUGUUUGAUUUGCUGACAAAGAUGCAUUUUGCUUUUUAUAAGCUACUCAGUCUGUUUUAAUUCUCUCAUUCUUUUGAUAUUAGUUAUUAAAUGUGUUAGAAGCUUUACCUGUGGCUGACUGGUGAAAGAAGUCUGUGUGAAUAAAUAUGUCUAAAUUGCUGCCCCAGCAAAAGAUAGGGGUACGAUAGGUUUAUUCUUUGUUGCUGUAUUUUGUCCACGAACACUGGUAGUUCUUGCCAGUUUAACUACAGACACUUGAAUAAUUCCUCUUUGCACUUAAUGCUGCUGUUUAUACUGCAUGUCACUACAUUUCUAUGCAAAAUAACCUUUGGGGCAGCCAAAUAUUUGAUUAAGAUUUAAAGAUCUUUGCAAGAUCUAUUUUCAUAUUUAUGAAGGAAUUUUAUGUCUUAAUAUUUGCAGUCUGUAAAUAGCUAUACUUUGUCAUUAAAGCUUAGGAAGAAGUUUGUAGCCUGUGCAUAAUUUAACACUGCCAGAAAAGAACCUUUGCGAAACAACUUUUUCUAAUACUGCAGAUAUUUAUGAAACUGUAAAGAAAGCAAAUCUUGGUUUUUAUGUUGAUUUACCUUGUCUGACUUUUUCUCUGAACUACAGAAGUGGUAUGUUUUACUGGAUUGGCAACAAGCAACCAAAGAUGAACCUGGUUUGAAAAUAUUUUCAUGUUUUGUCAGUUUUUGUAAACUGUUUCUGAAUUUGCUUUCAAAAUAAAAACAAAUAAGUUUAC